AGAGAGAGAGAGAGAGAGAGACUAUUCCACCAUUGACUUGCGACCGGAGGAGGCGAUGGAAGCAGCAAGACAAGAGGAAGCUCAAGAUGUGGUGGUGGUGGUCGUCCCCCUACCGGCGCAGAGCCACCUGGCCCAGCUCCACCAUUUCGCCCUCCUCCUCUGUGGCCGCCCCGGCCUCUCCGUUCACUUCGCGACCUCCGCCACCCACAUCCACCAGGCCAAAUCCAGGGUCAACCCUGCCUGGGGCGGAGACUCCCGGCUUCACUUCCACGAGCUCCCCAUCCCUGCUUUCCCUAGCCCGCCUCCUGACCGAAACUCCACCACGACCAGGUUCCCUGCCCACCUCCAGCCCAUGUUCGACGCGUUCGAGCACCUGGACGAACCGAUCUCCGUCCUCCUCCGCUCCCUCUCCGCCUCCUCCCGCCGCGUCGUCGUCGUCCACGAUUCCCUCGCCUCCUUCGCCGCAGUCGAGGCCGCCGCCCUCCACAACGCGGAGUCAUACAACUUCAGUUGCCUCCCGGCCCUGUUCCAAGUCUUCUACGAUCGCCCAUCGGCCGCCGACGAGCUGAGAGAUCGCGGCUUGGCCCUCCCUCCCUUGGACGGCAUCAUCACCGAAGAGUUCGGGGCCUUUGCAAGGCGCCGCAUGGACGAGAACACUUCCAGCGCCGGAAGGCUGCUCAACACCUGCCGCCCUAUCGAGGGCGAGUUCAUUGACCUUCUAGCUCGGGAACCUAAGCAUCGAGACAGGAAGAUUUUCACCCUCGGGCCACUGAGUCCGAUGGCAGUCAUCGACGGAGGCCGCCGUCGACAGCCACACGAAUGCCUAUAUUGGUUGGACAAGCAACCGCCAGCGUCGGUCGUCUACGUCUCUUUCGGGACGACUACUGCGAUGGCGGACGAGCAGGUGGAGGAACUGGCGAACGGGCUGUUGCUUAGCGGGCAGCGCUUCGUCUGGGUGGUCAGAGACGCCGACAGGGGAGACAUCUUCGCCGCCGAGGACAACGGACACGUCCGACGGAUGGAGCUGCCACCGGAAUUCGAACAGAAGGUGGCAGGGACCGGACUGGUGGUGCGGGGGUGGGCGCCGCAGCUGGAUAUCCUGUCGCACCCGGCGACGGGCGCGUUCGUGAGCCACUGCGGGUGGAACUCGUGCAUGGAGAGCUUGUGCAUGGGCGUGCCCGUAAUAGCGUGGCCCAUGCACUCGGACCAACCGACGAUCGCGGCGCUGGUGACGGGGCACCUGAAGGCGGGCGUCACGGUCGGAGAGUGGACGCCUCGGGCCGACAAGGUGACGACGCGGGCGGUGAUCGAGGAGGCGAUCAAGCGGGUGAUGGUCUACGACGAAGGGAGAGAGAUAAGAGAACGAGCCAGGGUUAUAGGGGAAGCUGUGAGGGAGGCGAUAGCGGAGGGAGGAGCUUCACGAGCCGAGUUGGAUGCCUUCGUUGCGCACAUUACCAGAUGAUGCAGCUGUCUCUGCUGAGAUUGGCAUCCGAGGUUGUUUAGUUUCUGAGUCAUGUUGACCAUACCGUGUGGAAUAAGGUCGCCGCCUCCUACCCGAGUGAUCGUUGGUGGAGUUCAGGCGUCGGAAACUACCUUAGGGUAGAAUUGUGUUGCCGAUGGCAACGUCUCCUUUUAUGGUGCGUCGAAGGAUGUUCGAGUCGUCCUGUUUUAAUUCCAUGUCGUUCAUGUCCUUUUCUUAA